AUGGGAGUUUAUCUAGUAGCUCUGCUUUUGUGUAGCCUCACUACUUACCUCCUAUAUCGUUACAUAAGAUGUAACAGCGGAAAUUCAUUUUUCGACGGCAAACACGUUCUCAUUACAGGUGGCUCCAGUGGGAUUGGCCUAUCUCUGGCUAUUUUGGCUCGCCGAUCGGGAGCUAAUAUAACACUUAUCGCAAGAAACAGAGAAAGACUAAAACUCGCUAGGGAAACACUUGCAUCGACUUCGACCACUCGAUCUGAUGCCUGGGUUGAAGUUAGAUCUAUGGAUCUUACUAGCUCAUAUGCUAGUCCCGUUGAUGUACUUAUCCAUUCUGCAGGCUUCUGCUUUUCUCGCGAAUUUAGGGAAAUGCCUAUAGAUGAGAUUGCUUCAAUGAAUCACACAAAUUAUCUGGGCCCAGUCCAUUUGACGCAUAUAUUGCUCCCAUCUAUGCUGUCCAUGUUUUCGCCCCAGCAAAACCGUUUAAGCCACCCAGCUCGUGAACGCAGGAUAGCCUUCAUCUCAAGUAUGGGCGGCCAGGUCGCUAUAGCAGGUUUAACUGCGUAUUCUGCCACUAAAUACGCAAUAAGAGGGUUUGCAGAUGCCUUGAGAAUGGAACUUGACAUGACCGGACCGCUUGUCACUACUUCAUUCCCUCCCGACACGGACACACCCGGAUUUGCCUUUAUUAACUAUGAUCCAAGGGCUUUCAUGACUUACAGCCAUUCGGUCGGAUCAUUCGUGUAUCGAGUCACUUAUAUGCCCCCAAGGUAA